AUGAACACUGUUGCAAAGGCAGCUGGCCACCAGGAGGAGAGCGUGGGGAGCCCUGGGUCAGCGGAGGCCGCUGUGCUGAGGGUUGCAGGCAGGUCUGAGGGUGGCCAGCUCGGGGGCCGUGCCAUGUCCUUCCAGAACAUCAUCCGCCUCUCCCUGGAUGACCCUGCCCAUGCCGUGUGUGUGCUGGGCUCGGAGAUCUACGUGGAUGUCAGUGGGUGCGCCCCGCAGAUGUGCGAGUGCUUCACCAUCCACGGCUCGGGGAGGGUCCUGAUCGACAUCGCGGACACGAUGAUCACCGACAAGGAGGACGCCACCAUCUGGUGGCCCCUGACCGAGCCCACGUACGCCAUCGUGAAGAUGACAUCACCGAGCUUCAUGGUGGACGGGGACAAGGUCUUGGUCACGUACUAUGGCACCAACGAGGAGAUGUCCCUGGGUACAGCCGUGCUGUACCUCACUGGCAUCGACGUCUCCCUGGAGGUAGACAUCUACCGCACUGGGCAAGUCGGGUUGCCGAGUGACAAGAAGGCAAAGAAAAAAUGGACCUGGGGCCCCAACGGCUGGGGUGCCAUCCUGCUCGUGAACUGCAGUCCUGACCCAGGCCAGCUCGAGGACCAGGUCAAGGAGACCAAGAAGGUGCUCCUCUCUGACGAAAUAAAGAACCUGUCCCAGAUGAUGCUGAACGUCCAAGGCCCCAGCUACACCUUAAAGAAAUACCAGCUGGUCCUCCACACCUCCGAGGAAGAGUCGAAGAAGGCAAGAGUCUACUGGCCCCAAAAAGACAGCGCUCAUACCUUCGAGCUGGUGCUGGGGCCCGGCCAGCACACCUACACCCUGCCCCUCCUGGGGAACCACUUGAAGGAGACCCUCUACGUGGAAGCCACGGAGUUCCCGUCCGCCAGCUUCUCGGGCCUGAUCUCCUACUCUGCCUCCCUGGUGGAAGAGUCUCAAGACCCGUUGAUCCCAGAGGUCCCGGUGUACAAAGACACAGUGGUGUUCCGCGUGGCUCCGUGCAUCUUUCUUCCCAGCACCCAGAUGCCACUGGAGGUUUACCUGUGCAGAGAGCUGCAGCUCCAGGGAUUUGUGAACACGGUGACGGAGCUGAGCGAGGAGAACCACUUCCAGGUGGCUUCUGUCUAUGAGGACCCCAACCGCCUGGGCAAGUGGCUCCAGGAUGAGAUGGCCUUCUGCUACACCCAGGCGCCCCACAAGACGGUGUCCUUCGUCCUCGACACCCCUCGGGCUAUCUUACUUGAAGAGAUCUCCAUGAAAUACUCACUGAGCCCUGGUGUCGGCUACAUGAUCCAGGAGACCAAGGACCACACGGUGGCCAGCAUGGAUUCCAUCGGGAACCUGAUGGUCUCCCCGCCUGUCAAGGUCCAGGGGAAGGAAUACCCCCUGGGCAGGGUCCUCAUCGGCAGCAGGUUCUACCCCAGCGCAGAGGGCCGGGCCAUGAGUGAGGCCCUCCGAGACUUCCUCUAUGCCCAGCAGGUCCAGGCCCCAGUGGAGCUCUACGCAGACUGGCUGAUGUCGGGCCACAUGGAUGAGUUCAUGUGCUUCGUCCCCAUAGAUGACAAGAGUGACGGCAAAAAGAGCUUCCAGCUGCUCCUGGCCAGCCCCAGAGCCUGCUACACACUCUUGCAGGAGAAGCAGAGGCAAGGCUACGGCAACGCGCUCCUGUUUGACGAGGUCAGGGGGGACCAGCUCCUUUCCAACGGAAGGGAAGCCAAGACCAUCGAUCAGUUUCUCGCUGAUGAAAACCUGAGAAAGCAGAACGAAUUUGCAGAGAAGUGCAUUCUUCUGAACCGUGAGAUCCUGAAGACGGAGCUGGGCCUGGUGGAGAAGGACAUCAUCGACAUACCCCAGCUCUUCUGCUUGGCGAGGCUGACCAACGUCCCCUCCGAACAGCAGCCCCAGAGGCCCUUGGCCAGGCCGUACUUCCCUGACCUGCUGCAGAUGAUCGUGAUGGGCAAGACCCUGGGGAUCCCCAAGCCUUUUGGGCCCCAAAUCAAGGGAACCUGCUGCCUGGAAGAAAAGGUCUGCCAGUUGCUGGAGCCCCUGGGCUUCAAGUGCACCUUCAUCGACGACUUUGACUGCUACCUGACCGACGUCGGAGACCUCUGCGCCUGCGCCAACAUCCGCCGGGUGCCCUUCGCCUUCAAGUGGUGGAAGACGGUGCCUUAGCCCAGGCCCUGGGCCGCCGGCUCCGCCCUGGCGUGAGUGGCCCACUGCCACCGGGCAACAGCGCGACUCCUUGCCCGGAACGCGAGGCUGCAGAGUCGAGGCAGUACAGCCCUUCCCCGUCUGCCCGUCCCUCAAACCCUGCAGGGCGGGCAAACGUCACCAGCUUGAGCCCCUGUAGGGGGAAAGGUGGAAAACUAUCUUCAGCCAAGAUGUUUACUGAAUGGCCAAUAAAGCUCUAGCUGUUCUGAAUGCAUUUUGGCGGUGGCCCCCUUGUUUGAGACAGCUGGGGACAAAGCUGAGCUGCUGACACACCUGUGGGUGGUCCUGCCAUCCCACGUAAGUCGGGGCAGGGACUCGGCUAGAUGAUGCUGCUGCCCUUCCCACUCGAGCCCCAACAAUCUGGGUCUUGGCUCUAAGCCCUGCGUGCCGAGCUCCAGGCUGC